AUGCGUUCCAGGGAUGACCAAAAGUACUCACGCAUUAAGCCUGCCGAACAACAGGUUGAUAGAUGGCGUAAGUAUCACUCGGGUCGCACAAACGCACCAAGCCAGUACACGACUUCUCAAAGAGCUCUGCGCAACCUUCAGCGGAUCUCAGGCUCACUUCCCUCCGUUCAGAUGCGGAUAACAGCGGCGGAGCCUGGCAAAGUCAACUUUGAACUACCCAUUGAAAAGCAACACACAAACCGGCUAGGUAUACUGCACGGUGCCACGCUUGCCACCAUGGUCGAUACCAGCGGCUCACUUGCUCUGGCUUCUCGUGGCCUAUAUUCGACAGGAGUUUCGACAGAUCUCAAUGUAACCUACCUCAACGCCGGCGGAAAGAUUGGUGAUUUGAUCAAAGGCGAAGUCAUCUGUGAUAAGUUUGGCAAAACUCUUGCAUACACAUCGGUCAAAUUUAUGAACAAGAACAACGAGAUCGUGGCUCGAGGAAGCCAUACAAAAUUCGUCGCCCUCGCGUGGAAAGACGAGAGGAAUAUCACUGGGGAAUUGGAGCCGGAAGUUAGCGAAUCUCAAGCUAGAGAAGUGACACGAACAAGUUUCAAGUGA